AUGCCCCUGGCACGAGCGCUGCGGCCGCUGGCGCUCCUGCUCGCCGCCGGGCCCUGGCGCGCGCGCGCGGCCCGGACGCAGGCCCUCGAGGCCAGCGGCGGGGAAGUCCUGGCCGCCUCCUCGGCGGAGGUCGAGAACCCCAUCUUCGUCGGCGCGCACCUCGCCGCCGACAGGGCGAGGCGCGAGCGCGAGCGCCGCGAGCGCGAGCGCCGCGAGCGCGAGCGCCGCGAGCGGGAGCGCCUCGAGCGGGAGCGCCGCGCGGCGCACAUCAGGGCGAACAAGCAGGACUGCAUCUUCGAGGAGCAGUGGCAGCCGUGGGGCGAGUGCUCUGCGGACUGCGGGGGGGGCAUCCAGACAAGCGUGCUCGCCUCGCGCAUCAUACUGCAGAGGCAGGACACGUUCGGGUACGGCAGCAAGUGCCCUGCGGAGUGCUCCGACAGCUCGAAAGUUGGGUGUGGCCAGGAGAAGCACCAGCCAUGUGCUGUCGAGAUGUGUCCCAGCGACUGCAGCAAGGUGGACCUCGGUAACCGUCUCCCUGGUCCAGGUGUGCCCGUGGAGUGGUCGUGGUCUGGCAACGGGAAGGAGUGCGUCUUCCAGUACUGGCAGGUGCUGGGAGGGUCCGACGGACCCAAGGUACGCCUCUUGGCAGAAACUCAGCCCCAGGUAUCCAACGGCUCCGACCCGUCGGCUUACGAGCCGCUUGCGGACUCGAAUCCGGAUAAGACGUUCGUCGUCCACGCUGAGCGCGGCUCGGUCGCACACACUGACGUGGCGAUUGGUUGGCGGGGUUGCGCAUCAGAUGAGAGCUCGACAGAUCCUGAAUUACAGCGAUUACCGCUUAUUUCUGUAUGCAUGUACGGGAGUGAAGGCUUCCAAGAUGUGAAAUCGAACAGGCGUGAGCUGAGCAGGAAUGAGCAGGCAGCUCUGCGUGAAUUGCGAAGGGAGUCCAGAGUGAAAUGGGCAAACCAGCUGGUCAAGUUUGCGGGGCGCGUUGGAGGUAUCGGCCCUCAAGAUGCCGGCGUUGAGUUGAUCCCUGCUGUCGACAGUUGGGAUUUUCACAAGCCGAGGUCCACACUGCGCGUGACCAUGGCCCUGUCGCCACCACUGCCGCCGCAGCUCAACACGAGGAAUUACGCGGAGGUGGGCGAUGACAUUCGACUGGAAGUGCACGACGCGUUGUCGUCAUAUCACGUCUCGGUGCGCAGGGUCUUCGGCUGGAGGGCAUCCCAUGGAUUUUGCAAGUUCAUUCAGGUUCCGUCCUGCGAUGCGGCUGGUCAAGCUCCAUGUGUUGACCCCGACUUGACGCUAAGGAACUUCCCGAUGGCGUCAACGUUCGAGCUGGAGUUGGCGACCUCGAACAGCGCAGGCAUGAGCCGUCCGGCCAGGAUGGUGUUUCGGACGCGCGGGCAGUCGGGCACGCCCCUGAAGGACUGCAGCGUGGAUUAUUGGAGCUGCGCAGAGUCCGGCGACAGCAACGAUGUCUACCCCGAGGAGGACGACCCCGAGUGCAGCCUCGCCGCGCCGCCCUUGCCCGUAUGCAGAAUGGAGCCGCGGAAGGGGUUCACGGGCGAGCUGAAGUGCGAUGGGAAGAAGUAUUGGCGCGAGUGCAAGCCGUUCAUGAAGCACGGCGACGAGUCUUGCGUGAGCCCCAUGCAGAAGGUCUGCGUCCACACCACUUCACACCUUGGGAAGCACGAUCACGCCGAGACGUGCGAUGCUCCGGGGUGCUCCGCCUCUGUGUUCCCGUGGAGCACGAAGACCUGCUGCUGCGAGUCCGCGACGGAUCCGGAGCCCGACUCGCCACGCUGCGCCUGCACUUCCACCAGCUGCCAGGCCAUGGGGCUCGCAGAAGCCUCGGAUCCGAAGCUCUCGUGCAUGCACUGA